AUGUUUGCUAAGAAUGUGGUAAGAUCAGUGGCUUCAGAUGAAGAGAUCCUUGUGGCCACCAAACUUUGGAUUAUCUGCAAGGAAAAUAGCUCUGGUGUCACAAGUGUAGAAACAAAUGAGUUAUCCUGGGACAUGAAUGUUGACUCUGUGUGCAACAUAAUGGAAGAAAAGCAACUCCACAGGAACCAGCCAAAGGAACCUAAUGAAACAGAAGUAAGAGACUGUGCAACAAUAUGUAGUACCUGCAGCUCAAAUGUAAUAGUGCCUGUAGUUCUUCCAACUAUUUCCUACCAGCCUCCUAUAUACAAUUAUAAGAGCAGUGACUGGGAAAUUUAUGAGGAAAUAAGAUUUCGAGAACUUGAAGAAGCCAAGGCCAGGGCAGCCCAGAUGGAGAAGACCAUGCGCUGGUGGUCAGACUGCACUGCCAACUGGAGGGAGAAGUGGAGCAAAGUUCGAGCAGAAAAAAAUAAAGCUCGUGAGGAGAGCAGGCAGCUAAAGCUCAAGCUAGAAGAAUCUGUGAAAGAGCUGAGUGCUCUGAAAAAAAUUAACCAAGGUUUGCUCAGAGAAAAUGAAGAAAUGAGAGCUCAACACUCUUGGAAAAACAAAUUUGAUCCUUCUGAAAUGUCCUGGAUAAAAGAAGAGUGUCUAGGACCUCUGGAGAAAGAUCCAGUUCAAUAUAUGCAGAAUAUGUUUGAGUUAGAAAGUGCCUGCCAGAAUGGUUAUCCAACUGAAAAUCUGGAAAUUCUUGACUCUGGAGGAAAAUAUACUCCAGUCUUUCUAGAAAAUCUUAACCCAAGCAAAGGCAACCCAAACCAUUCUCAGAAUGAUGAACCAAUACAUAUAUCAGUGUUGCAUCUGUAUGAAUCAAAGAAGAUCUUGCAGAAGGAGCAAAAGAUCCGUUCAUCCCUGGAAAAAGAGAUAGAGAAGGUGAAGUCAGAAAAAUCUCUGUGCAAAAGGAAAUCUGAGGAGUUGCAGAAGUACAAGCAUGGGAAUUUAAAACAGCUUGGUGUGCAUAAUGAUUUAUGUCAGACUGAGGUGGAAAGAUCUGUGGAGUAUUUAGAGGAAGACACUGAAGCCAGGUCCCCAAAAGAUAUGAAGAUAUUCCAGUUACAAGCAGAGAUAGAUAGAUUAUGGUCUGAAUGUGCGACCAGUGGGAGAAGAAGAAAAAUCCUUGAAACAGAAAAGCAAGAGCUAGACAGAGAGAACAGAAGACUGAAGGCUAAGGUGAAGGAUCUUCAGGAUCUUCUUGAAAGAAACAGUGAAUUGCCUGCAGUUCAUUUGUGUGGAACUCUCAAGAUACCAGGCAGUGAAGGGCUGGGGAAGAAGCUAUAAUACUUAACAGCUUCGCCACAAUUAGUUGUUACACGCCAUCAAGUCACCUCUGACCUAUGAUUAUCCUAUGUAUGAGUGAUAAUGUUUGAUGUGUAAUAUAUACUUCCCUUCCUGAGUGUUCUGCUCUUUUUUCCUUCCCACAACAUCUGUGCAACAUCUACAGGAACCACGGCACAGACAAAACCACGUGUUAGAGAUAGACACUAGAAGCAAUUCUCUCUUGCCCUUUUCUCCACAUGA